CCCCCAAGCUGUCACCGCCCCUCCCUCCUCCUAAGACCAGGCAUUUCCCAGGACUCCUAGGGAGGGUGGGGGCGUCAGGGACCUUGUCCUUGGCAUCUCUGGCACCUGGAAUGCAGUGAGGCACACAGUAGGCACUUCAUCAAUGCACGUUGAGUUGCCCCAAGCCCUGGAAAGAGAGGAGCUCCUCCUGGUGUCCCCUGGAGCAGGGAGGACUGUGGGCAUUUCCAAGGCCCAGGGAGGUCUGGGAGCUGGGAGGGGGCAAGGGCCGACCCCUCCCUCCCACGGCUCCCUUUUCCUUUCUAGCUCAGCCCCCUGAGACCCCACGGGCCUGGGCACAAGCCAGAGCAAGGAGGAGGAAGGAGGGAAGAAUGGGCCCCGGGCUCCUGUCCCCCAGGGCCCCCCAGGAUUCAAUGAUGUUCAAGGAUGUAGCCGUGGACUUCACUUGGGAGGAGUGGGGCUACUUAGACACUUCUCAGAGGGAGCUUUAUUGGGAGGUGAUGCUGGAGAACUACAGGAACCUGGUCAGCCUGGGCUUGGCAGAUCCCAAAGUGGACGUCAUCUCUCAGCUGGAGGCAGGAGAAACACAUGGGAUUCCAGUGGAUAGUGUCCUAAGAACCUGCUGGCCAGAUUGGUGUGCCAGGCCUCACACCAAGGAGUCAGGCCCAAAGUUGAGUGUUUCUCUGGAAGAGUUAUCCCAGCAAAGAUCCUUGUGGAACGAUCUAUGCAUUUCCAAGAUGGGAAAAGCCUGGGACUAUGAUUGCAGGUUCAAGAAAGGGCAAAACAAUGAGGAGGAACAUUCUAGACAAGAAAAAGUUAUCCAAGGAGAGCCUGCCAACGAAAUGAGAGGCUCUGAACACAGUAAAUACAGCCAAACCUGUAGCCCAGAGCCAGCCAAUUUUCUGCAACAGGGAGUGUCUGUAGUAAUGAAACUCCAUCAUGGUGCUAUUCAGAGAAAGACCUUCAGCAUGUCUUCAGACCAAAGUCAGUGUAAUCAAACAUGUUCUCAGCAGUAUUCUAACCUCAUCAAAUGUCAGGAAACCUUUAGUUAUAAUUUUGACAGCAAGAAAAAAUAUGGAGUUCAUGCUGAAGAGAAACUUCAUGAAAGUGGGAAUUCUUUCCUCCCUAAAAAUGGACAUACUCCACACCACAGAACUGAUACAGGAAAAAAGCGAUAUAUAUUGCGUAAGUGUGGGAAGACAGAUCAUAAUCAACAUUCUGGUAUUCAAGAUAAAAAGAAAGUUUUUAAAUGCAGUGAAUGUGGAAAGGACUUCCAGCAUAAAGUAAAUCUUACAGAACACUGCAGAAUUCAUGCUGCUGAGAAACCUUUUAAAUGCAAUGAUUGUGGGAAAGCCUUUUCCUGGAGCAUAACACUGACUCUACAUCGGAGAACUCACACAGGAGAGAAACUCUAUGAAUGCAAAGAAUGUGAGAAGACUUUCCAGUCAAAGUCUAAACUUUAUCUGCACCAAAGAACUCAUACAGGAAUAAAACCUCAUGAAUGCAGCAUAUGUAGAAAGGCAUUCUCUCAAAAGUCACGUCUUACAAAACACUACAUCACUCAUACUAGAGAGAAACCUUUUAAAUGCAACGAUUGUGGGAAAGCCUUUUCCCGGAGCACAGCCUUGACAAUACAUCAGAAAACUCACAUUAGAGAGAGAUCCUAUGAAUGCAAAGAAUGUGGAAAAACAUUCAGAUCAAGCUCUAAACUUUCUGAGCACAAGAGAAUUCAUACAGGAAUAAAACCUCAUCAGUGCUGUGUGUGUGGGAAGGCAUUCUGUCGAAAGUCACAUCUUAGAAAACACUGCAUCACUCAUACUAGAGAGAAACCUUUUAAGUGCAGUGAUUGUUGGAAAGCCUUUUCCUUCAGGACAACCUUGACUCUACAUCAGAGAAUUCACACUGGAGAGAAAUUCUAUGAAUGCAAGGAAUGUGGGAAGACAUUCAAAAGUUCUCACCUUUCUUGGCACCAGAAAAUUCAUGCAGGAUUAAAAUCUCAUGUAUGCAGUAUAUGUAGAAAGGCAUUCUCUCAAAAGUCAAGUCUUACAGAACACUACAGCAUUCAUAGUAGAGAGAAACCUUUUAAGUGCAGUGAUUGUGGGAAAUCUUUUUCCUACAGGACUACACUGUGUAUACAUCAGAAAACUCACACUGGAAAGAAGCCCUAUGAAUGCAACGAAUGCGGAAAGAUCCUUUCCCACAAGUCAGGACUUACGCAACACUACAGAAUUCAUACUGGAGAGAAACCUUUUAAAUGCAGUGAUUGUGGGAAAUCUUUUUCUUACAGGACAACACUGACUAUACAUCAGAGAAUUCACACUGGAGAAAAACCCUAUGAAUGCGAUGAAUGUGGGAAGACAUUCCGAUCAAACUCUAAACUUUAUCUGCACCGGAGAACUCAUACAGGAAUAAAACCUCAUGAGUGCAGGAUAUGUAGAAAGGCAUUCUCUGAAAAGGCAUACCUUAAAAAACACUACAGAAUUCAUACUGGAGAGAGGCCUUUUAAAUGCGGUGAUUGUGGGAAGGCCUUUUCCCGGAGCUCAACUUUGACUCUACAUCAGAGAACUCACACUGGAGAAAAACCCUAUGAAUGUAAAGAAUGUGGGAAGACAUUCAGUCAAGGCUCUAAACUUUCUAGGCACCAGAGAAUUCAUACAGGAAUAAAACCUCAUGAAUGCCGAGUAUGUAAAAGGGCUUUCUCUCGAAAAUCACAUCUUACACGACACUACAACAUUCAUACUAGAGAGAAACCUUUUAAGUGCAGUGAUUGUGGAGAAGCCUUUGCACAGAGCACGACACUGACUCAGCAUCAGAGGACUCACACUGCAGAGAAAUCCUGUGUGUGCAAUGAAUGUGGAAAGGCCUUUACUCAGAAAGGUCUUCCAUUACAUAUUGCAAAAAUACAUACUAGAGAGAAGUCUUAGGAAUGUAGUGAAUUUGGGAAGGCAUUCUCAGGGAUCACACCAUUAACUUAACCUCAUAGAUUUUGUUAUGGUGAAAACCUCAUUAAUAAAAUCUUGGAAAGCAUAA